AUGCAGCAGAAGAAGAUGGCUGCGCCCUGUAAAAGGAUGGCGAGUCGGUGUGUCUUACAGUUUCUGUCCGGUUUUAGUAGGACAGCGGUGGGAAACGCUGGGGUUCGUCUAUUUUCUAGCACUUCUGCCUGUCGGGUGGCUCUGCAGGCUAAAGCUGUGCCGGGAAACGUGACUUCUCCGUGGACUCUGAUGGCGGCGGUGUGUCUGCAGAGACUCCCGGUCAUCACAGCGGACUACAGCCCGAUAGAGCAGCAGUUCAAAGAGCUCAUGGAUCAGAUGGAAUUUGAGAAAAGUAUGCUGUCAGACCACGAGCUGCGUCUGCUGGAGGAUGCAGAGAGAUUGAGUCGGAGGCAGGCGGAGGACUACGACUCAGAUGAAGAGGACAGCCAUAAAGAACAGGACAUCAUGAUGACUCAGGACCUGGAGGACUCCUGGGAGCAGAGGCUGAAAGACUUUCAGCCAGCAGAGAGGGUCAACGCUGAUGCAGAUAAGGACCUGACCUCGUUGGAGCGCUGCCUGGCCGACUCACUGCUCCUCCUGGCCGAGCAGCAGGUCGGGGGUGAGAAGAUGUGGCUGCUGCCUCAGACUCAGUGGCAGAAAGGAGAAACGCUGCGACAGACAGCCGAGAGAGCCCUUGCUUCACUGCCAGCAGCUGCUUUCAAGGCCACUUUCCUGGGAAAUGCCCCCUGCGGUGUCUACAAGUACAAACUGCCCAAAGCGGCUCGGACAGAGAGCAACGUGGGAACAAAGGUGUUCUUCUUCAAAGCCAUUCUGUCAGACGGCGGUCCCCCUGCUGCUCCCAACGCUUCUCUACUAUGGGUAAAGAAAGACGAACUGCAGCGCUAUCUGAAACCAGCGUACAUGAUGAAGGUCGAACACUUCCUCGUCUGAGUGUGACAUCCAAACACACAGCAGAGACGCUGACUCGCAGAAUGAUAUUUAUGAGGUCUAAGUAGACGCCCUUGUUGCUUUUCUGUCAUCAUCAAAUGUUCUUUCAUUCAUUAUAUAUGGUUCAAUGUAUAAAUAAAAGUUCUUUUUCCAUA